UUGGGGCACGGGGAUCUACCGCGAAUCAAAACAAGAAAACAGAGAAAGAGCACGAAGAAAAAACACUAUCUGCUGGAAGCGAGUCUCCAAUGCUAAUUCAAAGCGGUGAGUAAUCGCGAUAAAGGUUCGAUCGUGUAUUUUUCGCAGUGUGUUCGCGAAUUCACAGCCAGACAGUUCGUUUUUUCUGAGGUCUCUCCUGACACAAUCUUCCUGAGAACUUCCUUCCUGUGAAGUGAUCCUUUCUUCAGUCCUGUUUGAAGUGUUUGUUUUUCUUUCAUAUUUUUAUCGCAUUUUGUGAUUAUCAGGAAUAGAUCAUGACCACAAUAUUCGAUUUAGAUAGCCAGCGACGCGAGGUCAUCUACGAUAGCACAGCUUUCACACCAUCGCCACUGUCAAAUUCAUCCACUAGUGACGGCAGUGAGGCCACCUACAUCCAAGGAAGUCACCUCGAAGUAGGACAACUAACCUGCGACAUGGAUCAGAGGUUGCAAAUUGAGGCAAUUCAGACCAAGCCGUAUCUCAUUAUCACCCAUCAGCCGGUGGAUAAAUUCCGUUUCCGCUACAAAUCAGAGAUGCACGGAAGUCAUGGAUGUCUCGUGUCAUCAUAUAAGGACAGAGCCCGGAAGUAUUUCCCAACAGCUGAGCUGCGUGGAUUCAAUGGAGAAGCCAUCAUCAGAUGUUCUCUCUACCAGGCAGACACAAAACAGCCACAUUCACACAAACUUGUGGUUCGCAAUGGGGAUGAGGAUAAUGAGGAUCCACACGAUGUAGAAGUCGGUCCGGGUGCCUAUCAGGCAGAAUUCAAGGGUAUGGGCAUCAUUCACACGGCUAAAAAGAACAUAGUCGAAGAGCUCUACAGGAAGCUGAAAACGUGCGAAGAAGCCAAAGGAAAACUCUUCUCAGAGCGUGAUGAUCGUAAAUUGAGGGAAAUUGCAACGAAGGAAGAGAAGAAUAUGAACCUUAAUCAGGUUCGCUUGUGCUUUGAAGCCUUUGCAAAGGACUCCAUGGGGGCACUCUAUGAAAUUUGUGAGCCCGUCUUUUCCAUUCCCAUUAAUAACAUGAAAAGUGCAUUAACUGGUGAGCUCAAAAUUGCAAGGAUGAGUAGUGCUGCAAGUAGUGUCAAUGGGGGUGAAGAUCUCUUUCUUUUUGUUGAGAAAGUCAAUAAAAAAAACAUCAAAGUGAGAUUUUACGAGGAAAACGACGAUGGACAGAUUGUGUGGGAAUCUUAUGGUCAUUUUACUGAAAUUGAUGUUCAUCAUCAGUACGGGAUUGCUCUGACUACGCCCGAAUACCACAGAAAGGACAUUAAGAGGCAGGUGGAUGUGUGGAUCCAAUUGGAGCGUCCCAGCGAUAAUGAGAGAAGUGAACCAAUGCACUUCACCUACAAGCCGUGCCUUGAAGCAAUGAAUCCUCACAACCGGAAGCGCUUACGCCCCAAUGAGAGCUUCAAUUCGUCCGACAUUCCUGUGACGGUGAAUCAAAUGGAGCAGCUGCAGCAGCAGGAACCUGUAACGAUCAGUAUGGAAUACAAUGUGAGUGAAGAAGUCAAUCAAUUGCUGAACACAGCUCAAGAUUUUCCACUACAGGAAAUCAGCAUUUCUGGAGAUUUUCUCAAGCAUUUUGAGACAAAUUCAGAUGAAUACAAGAGAAUGGUUAUGGAGGCCAAUCCUUUCCAAAUGCAAGAUGGAAUUUUAGUCAAUGAUUCACCGAAAAUUGCUCAAGAUCGCAAGCGGGAUGAUGAUGUAAAAUCAAGUCACAAUGCCUGUUUAAUUCCAAAGGAUAAUGUAUCCAUUUACGAAACAAUCCUGUCAAUUGUUCGACAAUACGGGAACACUGUGCCCAUUAAAGUGGAGAAUAUUGUGCAGCAUCUUCUGAUGGAUUCCAAAAGAGUGGGAGAAAAUUUACUCCACUGGGCAAUCCGAGAGAAUGGGGGAAAAGUCAAGAAUAUUUUGGAAAUAGUCCACAAGUUUAAUUUGAACGAUUAUCUCGACGUUGUGAAUGCAAAAGGCGAGAAUUGUCUUCAUAUUACGUGCGCCCUGGACAAGGCGGAAUACAUUCGUCCGCUGAUCAAUUUGGGAGCAAAUCCAAAUGCCAGAGACAUCAAUGGGAACACCCCAUUGCACGUGGCUGUUGCCGAAGGGCGCUACAUUUGUCUUUCACGAAUUAUUGAUCGAACCAAUUAUACGCCCAAGAGCAAGGCGCUGGAUAUAAAUCUGGCCAAUCAUCAGGGUAUGACGGCAUUGCAUCUUGCCGUUAAGAAUCACGACUUGGAGGCUACAAGGAGACUCGUGGAAGCCGGAGCUUCGGUGAAGAUGGCUGAGCAUAAGCAUGGCAAUAGCAUUUUACACAUUGCCGUCUCAGAGUGUGCCGUGGACAUUGUGAAAUUUCUCUUGCAGAAGGCAAAUGUUCAGGUGAAUCAGACAAAUUCCUCAGGAUAUACAGCACUUCACUUGGCAUGCGCUACUACGGAAUCCUAUGAGUCAAAGCAAAUUGUGAAGUUACUGCUGGAAAAUAAAGCUGAUCCUUUGAUGGUUAACGAAGGAUGUGUUCAAAUCCCUCAAACAGCGGGAAUGGAUAUGGAUGAGGAUGAAGCUGAUAUGGAACGAGCGAGAAAUUCCUUUGAAUUGGCACAGAAUAAACCGGAAAUUCUGACUGUUCUUCAAAGUUUUCAAAAUUUUGGUGGUACUAAAAUCAAAGAAGAGAUUGUGGAGCACGAUGCAGAGGAAGAGAGUAGAGCUAUGCUAUUAGAUAGUAUUUGUUCAAAGCAACUCUGUGACUUAUUAAAUGAGAAGGAUUUGUGGAAGCAACUGGCUAUGGUGUUGGAUCAAACAUCGCAGAUUUCCAUCUGUGAGAGAUCAGCAAAUCCCGCAAAAACCCUUUUUAAUGUGAUUGAGAUGCAAGAUACAUCUGUGGAGGACCUGAUCAGAUCAUUAAAUUACCUCAAGCUACCUAAUGCUGUGGCGUGUGUGCAAGAGAUGCUGGCAAGGCGCGAGAACAAAAAUUUGGCGCUUGGAAUGAAACAAAUGGAAUAAUUUUGAUUUCUAUUUUUUUUUACAAGUUUUGCAUUACUUAUUUUUUAUUUUAAGUACUUUCUAUACAUAAAUAUAGUGAAUAAAUAGUGACUUAGAUGUAGUAAUAUGAACACGGCAUAAAAGAGAAA